AUGGUUGUCAGACAUUUCAGGCGUAAGGAUAUUCCCAAUCAUAAUGUCAGUUCUUCUAGCGAAUCAUCGAGCGAUGAGCCAAGUGAUGAUGAACAAGCCAACGCUAGCAUAGCACCAACCGCGCAUAAAGUCUCUGAAAGAAAACCCGAGACCGCCAAGUGUACAACGGGUGACUUCACACCACCGAAUGGGGCUGUGAUUGCGAAGGAGGUCGCCAAAGAAAGCCCUAUUUCACCCUCGUCUGCGGCUAAAGAGGAAGGACUGCCGGCGCAGAAUACGAGCCAUCGAACAACCUCCGCUGGUGACAAGAACGUUGAGGCUGCUCAUGAUGGAUCAAGUGAUGAUGCAAGCUCAGAAUCAAAUUCAGAUUCAGAUUCGGCGUCCAGCGAAGAUGACUACAUGCUGCACAAACCAAUGUUUCUAAAGAAGGGCCCGGCUAAGAACACAACUUCAGACAAGCCAGCUGAACAAGCCAUUGAAACGAUCAAAGUAUCUGGUCGCACACAAGAGGAGAAGGAGAGGGUUAAAAAGACUGAACCUCUAGUUCCAAUUGCUGUCAACGCUCACAGCACCGACCAGGAGUUGUUACAAACCAUCUUGGGUCUUGACGACGAUGACAGCAAAGACCCAGAAAACGAGUUAAAGCUUUGGAACCAGAGACAAGAAAGCCGCGCUCUACGAUCACGCCAGCUGCUAGAAGAGAAACAAAGAGAGCAGGAAGAUUACGAGAGUGCCAAAAUAGCGAGCACCCUAGGUCCGCUAGAUCAAAUGAGAGAUUGGGAGGGGGCUCGGCUCAUAAAAUCAGCGCAGAAUAGCGCCGCCGAUUUGCUAAGUAAACAAAACUCGAAAUUAAACACCUCUGGACCAACCAAGAAGAGGAAAUAUAAUCCAAAAGCGCUCCAAAAAUCUCAGUUACGACUUAAACCUGAGCUAGACUCUCGAAAUGGUCAGGAGGCCGACAAUGAAUAUUCCAUGAUGUGA